AUGAGUGAAUCCGUGCACCGAGAAGUUGUGAAGCUACGCCAAGAAUUAAACACAUUAGACACUGCCUUCAAUGAAUUCAAAACGAUGACGAACAACCGCGUGGAGCAAAUCUCCACCUCGCUCAAGGAAAUCGCACGGACGAAAGUGGGGACGAUGAUUUGCUUCCGAUGCCAUGGCUAUGUACUCGAGCACAUUCAACUUCAAUGUGGUCAUAUCUAUUGCCUUCACUGA